GCUAUGUGGAGGGUUUAUUUUUUAAGAGAAAGAAAGAAAGAGAGAAAGAGAGAUAUGGCAGAAAAUAAACGGAAUGAACUGAGAAUAAAUAGAGAUAACAAAAUAGCAAUAAAUUAAUAGCAUCAGUGCUUAGAGAUUUUUGGUUUUGAGCAGCAAAACAUUGUGAAAAUUCGCAAACAAUUUGUUAAAUAAAUAAAUAAUACAGCAAAAGCCUUAACAUAACACAGUAGUUAAAUCUGAAAAAUUUAAUCUAAUUUAAAGAAAAAACUACUACUGCUCUGCUCUGCUUUUCUGGAUUGCAUUUUAUUGCCAAGAACAAGGGAUUUCGUUAAGAGUGUUCGGCAAGAACAGUGACUAACUGAUCAUAAUCUCAAAGUGGUAAAAUUGAUAAUUGGCAGAAUUGAAAACGCGGCAGACAAUACAAAACACACUUUUCAUUAAAAUAUAAAUUCUCUAAUGAUCUUCGACACUUGAUUUAAUAUGGAAAGCGCAAGAAAAAUCGCUCGCCCUAUGAAAAACGCUUUACGUUUAGAAAGAGGAGCAAGUUUGCAAGGUUUACAAGAGACGGAGAAGGAGCAGAUUGGACAAGAAUUGGAGAACAAUUCGGAAGAAGAAGAUUGUAGCGAAUUUGAUGAAAUAACAUCAGGUACUAAUGGCAAAAGCACGAGUAUGGAACAAGAAUUUUUAACUUAUACCUCAGAGGGCGCGAAAGAAGCGGAUCAUAUUAAAACUUUCAAAGCAACUGAUGAUAGUCUAACCGAUCGACAUAGCUCCGACUCAAUUGCAAAACUGGGCUCCCAUUCCAUUUCUAAAUCGACAAAUGCCGGUCGUGUUAUUGCACCAAAAUCUCGGGAACAUUUGGCAUUGCAGCGUUCAAUUCAUGAUUCAAAAAUUUUGACCGAUUACUUCAAAACAUCAAAAAUUCAGUCGCGUAAAUUGCGAGACAAAGAUGCUAUUAACAAAUGUAAUGAUUUAAUUUUUAAAGAAGGACGCGACGGCACCUCCAAAGGCAUUAAAACCAAACGGUUCAAUAGACGUUUCGUACCUCUUAAAGAUGAUUCUUCAGAAAAUAACGCAGUUACGUUAAAUUCGGAUUUGAUGGCUCGAUCAUCGCGCAGCAAAAGUUUGCAUAGCCAAUCGCUUAAUUUUAUUGAUAGAGAAAAAAUUGUAAAGUGGCCGUCGGAAGAGCGCUUAGUUGUCAAACGUACAAAUAUGCGUUCCGAAAAUCCUGAAUUUGCGCAAAAACAUAAGGAUUUCUUAAAAGAAGUUAUCCAUUCUUCGGAAACCCCCGAACGUUGCUUACGGUCGAGAAGCAGUAGUGGCAGUGCGAUUAUAAUGAGAUCGCGAAGUAGUAGUAAGAGUGCAGGGCGUUAUGAGAAGGAGUUAUCACUAUAUCAACCAAAUCACAAAUACGCUAUGGAUAUCGAACACUAUGACAAGACCGUUCAAAGUUCUAUGGAAAUAGAAAUCCGGGACAGCGGCUUUGGCGUUAGUGUUUGCAGCGGUCAGCCCUACAGCGCGAGUGAAAACGCUGAUGAUAAUUCGAUCAAUGACAGUAACAAAUCUGUUAUAAACUUGGAUGGAAAAUUAAAUUCUGAUGAAAGCAGCUUGGAAGUACAUUUAAGGGACGUAUGGCAACCACCGCUGAAGCCUGGUUGGGAUAGCUUUUGCUGGAAGUGUCAUAGAAGUCAUGUCAAUUACAUUUGUUCCAAGUGCAUACGUAGUUUUCAUAAUACUUGCAUCAAAAUUAAUGCCCCCGCAAUAGGAAAUUUAUGGAUUUGUCCUGAGUGCAUAGCCGUUGAGAAUGCUCUCAAUAAUCCCAAACGUUUUCGCCGCAAUGAAUGUUCGGCAGAUUCGUUAAGCCAGUUGCUCUCGAUCGUGUUGAAUCGUAUGCGUUAUGUUAAAGGGCACCAUAUUCUUCAGACAUCAGCUGAUGACGACCUUGCAACUUAUAAUAAGUAUAUUGUGAACCCUGUUUCAUUUUCAACGCUUCAAGACAAGGUUGACAAACGAGUAUAUCGGUGUGCUGAGGAACUUCUCAAUGAUACAAAAUGGUUUUUACAUAAUGCCUCCAUUUUAAGCCUAGGACGGACUACUAGAGCUAAAACGGUUACGGUCGCCAAAUCUUUGAUUAAAAUAUGUCGUCAGGAGACGGCUGAAAUAGAUACUUGUGCUCAGUGUUACAUGAACGCGAAUUCCCGCAAUGAUUGGUUUGUGGAUGUAUGUGAUCAACCCCAUUUAUUGGUGUGGGCUAAGUUAAAAGGCUUUCCUUACUGGCCAGCAAAAGCUAUGGGUAUUGGCCAGGGUUCAUUGGUAAAUGUUCGUUUUUUCGGUCAGCACGAUCGGGCUUUUGUGCCUCUCAAAGAUUGUUUUCUAUAUUCACAACAAGAUCCGAAUUCCCAGACCGGUCGUCGGUCUGCUAGAGAGUUGGCUGAUUGCAUUAAGGAGGUGGAAAUGCAUAUGGAAAGGAUUAAGAAAAAAAUCGGCGCUUUCCAAUAUGCGCCUUUCAAAACACCCUAUGAUCCAAAUGAAGAAAUGCAACAGUUGGAACAAAUGAUGCCAGGUGUUCAAGAUUAUAUCAGAAGCCAGCAAUCGCUAACAUCGAACCCACCAUUAAAAUUAACAAUAUGCAAGAACGCUGGCAAUACGUUAUCAGUUCUACAAAACACCAGUACGCAAGAGAAUUCGAUCGUGCAAAAUCAAGAGACAAUCGAAGGCGUAAGCAAAAAGAAACAUGUCGAAGAGAGGGAUGAUGACGGCCACGUUAAAAAACAUGAAAACCGCACUAAAGGCCACACCCCUAAAUAUGAAGUUAUUUCCAAAUCAACUUCAGACGAUAGCAAUUCGUCAAAAUUAAAUACCGUCAUAUUAAAGCGUAAGCCCGCACAAGGAGCGGUUAACAAUAAUGAUGGGAAAAGAAUGUCGGCAGCGGACGGAGGAGAUUUACCACCUCCGAAAAUUGCUAGAAAUGAAGAAACAUCGGAGCAGUUCAAUUUUAUCGGUAACCAUCAGUUAGCGUCUGGGCUUGGCGACGAUACAAGGGAUGAAGUAAUAUCUGCAUCUUUAUUGAAAUCUAAAUCGGGUAAACAGGAUGCACAAAGUGGAACAGAUAUAAUAAAUCGAGAACCCAUAACAUUGGAUAAAAAUUCGGAGAAGAAUACAGAAGCUGUACUUAAAGAAAAAUUCCUUAAAGAGCAACAAGAAAGAGAAAGUCAAAAAACUAACAAUAUGCUUAAAUGUCCGUUGCCUUUUGUGGAAGUCAAACAAGAAGGUACUUCCGAUAAUAACAUAGAAAUCGAAGAGUGCGUAAUUCUUCAAACCAUAUCCGCUCAUGCAGAAAACAGAAAGGAAGACUUUAAUCUCGUUAAUAACAAUACUAAUACAACGACGCAAGAAGAGUUUGGCGCCGAUGUAGCGACAAUAUCAAACACAACUACAACGGAAUUGCGAAAUUCUUCGCCUUUAUUAACAUGUAUCAAGCAAGAGGUAAUAUCUGAUGAAGAAUAUGCGGGCUCAACAGAACAUCGUGUCAAUGACAUAGUAGCUGUUGAAGUUGCACAACGAAUAUCUCCUAAGAAUAUAAAUGCAGUCGUUUCUUCUGUGAGUACAACUAUUAGCAACAACAGCGACAGCAACAACGUUACAGUUUCAGGCCACAUUUCCAAGACCAAUAUCAAUAAUAGUACAGCACAUUUAACCAAUGUUAAGCGCAAUUCAUUUAGAGGAGUACCAUAUGGUCCGUUGCCUGCUUCUGCGGUUCCUCAAAUCAAACCUGCCCAAAUUAAAUUAACUACAGCCGAAAUAGGUCAAUCCCAGCAGCACCACCACCUGCAUCAUCAUCUGCAACAACAGCAAAACCAGCAACAACAACAACAACAACAGCACCAACAAACCCAUCACCAACAACAGCAACAACAGCAACAGCAACAUCAUCACUACCAACAACAGCAGCAACAACAACAACAACAACAGAGAGCAAAAAAAUCAUUUCCACAACGGUCGCCUAAUGGAGAUAAUCUGCGCUUGAUAAGUAUUGUGGCAACGACUUCCAGCUCAAUGCCAACAUCUGUUAGCUUGGUACCUUUAACAACGGCUACCGCAAUCUACAGCUCAUUGAAUACUACAUCGAGCUAUCAAAAUACAGAGGCUAAGCAAGUUCUCAAUAAAAAUACUAUGGUAGCAAUACCGGUUGAUGUGGCUACUAAUAGGUCAGAAAUAACAAUAGAUAACAUUAAUACAGCCAUCCCGGUACCGCCUUUAACUGCUGUCUCGAAAAUUUUGCCUUCAUCUUCGGGAUUAUACUCAAUGUCACGCACUAUGCAAUAUCCGGGACCUGUAAUAGUUUCUUCCGCUUCUACCAGCGCAAUCCCAGUCACCACACCCUUAAUUAUAACAACUACCGUGCCAGCGACAAUCACUCACAGUUUGUCAAAGACUGUGCCACCUUCGUCGUCGGUAAAUUUGCUUAUAUCAAACGUAGAAACAAUCAGUUCACAAAACGCCAUCAACCCUGCAAGUAAUACAUCGCAACAACAAUCAAAUGCUUUGUGUAUGAGUGCACCACCACCGUUGGCUGGUUUGUCUGGCACUAAUUUGAUAUGCACUCAAAUCGGUCCUAAUACUAACUUGUUAAAUACUAAUUCUACCGCAAAGCCGACGACAAGUGCAGACACUCAUCUAAUGGGCAGCUUUGUGACGCCUAUCAUGUCUUCAAGCUCCGUGUCUAACGAAGUUACUUCUCGUGGUCCACCGCCCCUUUUAAAGCCCCGUCCGGUCGGUCCUUUGCAAGCUGAAGCAAAUAUCAUGUUCACCGCUCAAGCUGGCCGCGCCUGCAAAAUAUUACAUGAGAACGGUGAUAAGUUAAAAGAUUUUUUUAUUUCAAUUAUCGAGGACACUGUAGCUGAAGUGUGCCAGGGUGACGAAGUGAAUUUGUCAGCCAAGAUUACGCAUUUAUCAUUAGAAUUGGAGCGUACUAAAAACGAGCUGGCUGAGGUUAAGAGGAGCUCUGAAAUACUCUUGUGCGAAAUGCGUAAGAAUUCGGAAAAUGAAAAAGUGCGCUUGGUAAAUGAAGUUCGAAAGCAAUGCGAAUCGGAAUGUUCGCGUGCCGUAGAAGAAACGAAACGAAAGCAAUGGUGUGCUCAUUGUGCACGUGAAGCAAAAUUAUACUGUUGUUGGAAUACUUCGUACUGUAGCUAUACAUGUCAACAAUUGCACUGGGCAAUUCAUGGUUUGAACUGUGCUCAAACUAGGCUUCCUCACGAUCAGUCUACGAGUAAUUCCCAAAGUAAUUUAUUACCGCAACACUCCGCAGUCGUCACGGCGACAAAUCUCAUGAAUACAAAUUUAACGGUAACAGCAAUUAAUGCAAAAACGCCACCACAAUUGCACCAACGGCAACAGCAGCAGCAGCAGCAGCAGCAACAACAACAACAACAACAGCAACAGCAAUCACAACUCCCACCUGAGCGCCAUCAAGCGAUUAAAGCCAGCAGCAUAACACCAGCCAUUACUUUCAAUAAGAACUUGCUUACGCUGAAAAAGGACAAAAGUAUUCGGACGAAAGGUGGCCCUCAAAUUACGGGGAUAUCGGUUAGUAAUCCAAUACAUGGCACGGAGGUAUUAAAAUUGGCCAGUAACACAUACAUAAGACCUGUAACAAGCGCUAACGUGAAUUGCAAUAACAGUAAUCAGCAAACGAUACGGUGCAACACCACUUACAGCAUACCAGCUCAGUUUUUAAACGUUACUGUGCCGACAGUAGCAUCAAGUGGAUCGCAAAAAUAUGCUAUUAUUCAACCAGCUUCGUCUAACGUUAGCAACGUAACCCAGGCGAGAACUGGCCCCAAUACUGCACAGGCACACAAAAUUCAAGUGCGACCGCGAAAUGUAACUCAAAUUAAAUAUUAUGGACCAUCCUGAAAUUAAUAUUAAGCUUCAAGAAUAAAAAAAAUUAUAUUUUUUAUAAUGCUAAGUCACGUGACCUAUCCCAUCCUUAUUUAUGGCAGGUCAUAAAGAGCCAGGCACACAGAAAACGAAUACCACAUUACCGCGAAUAGCUUCUGUUUAAGAGCUGGGCGGGCCUGAAUAUAUUAUGAUUAUUUUUAUUAUUUGAGUUUAUUUAGUCUAAUCGAAUCAAUUGUUAUGUUAAAGAGAGAGGAGAAAACGAGUUAAAAAGUCAUCGGUUUUUGACAAAAAAAAAAAUUGGACGAUUUGUACGUUAUACACGAUUUAUUAUAAAUAUAAGUCAGAUGGAUGUUACUCUCUGCUUUUUACUUUCUAAGAUGUUCUUCAGGUUCAUUGUACCCAAAAUGCUCGUUCGGUUUGAAGGGUUAUGAUGUUAGAAAAUUUGUGCAAAGCUGUAAAGUGUAUGGUCAGCUUUCUUGAAAAUCCCUUAAUAUAGUGCAUGUGUGCCUCCAAAUUGAAUUCUUGCAAAUGUUCAACUACGAUUUAUUUGCGUGGAUUAAAUUGAGAUUUUGAAUAAAAUUGGCAUCGACGUAGGAACAAAGUCAAUAAGUUAUGGUGCGGACGCAGUUAAUUUCGCUGCACCAUCAGUUUCUUCGUUUCCAGAAAGAUCAAUGCGACGCACUAGCCUAAGUAGUAGGAGUAUUUCUUAGCAUGUUUUAGGGCAUAUCUUUUAAAAAUCGGAGGAUUUCGAAGUAUUUUAGUGUGAAAACGUUUGCUGAGAUAAUAAGUGUCCUGUUUGUAAUUCUACGUGCAAUGUCUCCGACCUGAAAAUAGUUUCGUAGGCACUAUGAACUCUUUGACGUUGUGCUGAGCCACCCGCUCACUUUUACUGCUGCCUCUUCAUAGAAAAUUCUACAAUUUUUUGGAAUUGAAUUUUAUUUGUAAAUAAAUCUUUUGAAAAAGCUUCUUCUUGAGCGAAUAGAAAAAAUUAUCGCAAGAUCUUAGAUAGUUAGCAAUGCAGGCAUACAUCGAGCGGCUAUGUUAAACGCUGUUUCACAUCGAUCUUUUGCCGCUUGAAGAGCUAGCUCGGUUUCGAAUGUUUCAUACAAAACUUUUUCCUAAAAAUUUUCUCAGUGGAAUUUUUCGAAAUUUUGUACUGAGUAUUUUUUUUAUUUUCUAA